UAGGUACCUUCUAUCUAUCUGGUAUGUGCUAGACGCCUAGACGGAACGAAUAAAAGGAUCCCUUUCGCUUUAUUUUCUCUCCCUUUUCCCUGAUAUUUCGGUUUGACGGCUGCUACCUCUUUCAACCCCCGGUGCUUCAAUCGAACGAGCUCUAUUAUUCUCGUGCAUCAUUAUGUCGGACGAGGAACCGGUUGACCAGAAGAAGUACUUUGAAGAGUUGUGCAAGCCUAAAUGUGUUAGAGCUUGGCUUGACUAUCAGGGCUGUGUGAAAAGGGUUCAGGCUGAUGAAACGGGCCACAAACAUUGCACUGGACAAUACUUUGAUUACUGGCACUGCGUUGACAAAUGCGUUGCACCUAGGCUGUUUGCAAAACUGAAGUAAUAUACACAUCUAUGGAUACCAUGGAGAGAUUAGCAGUCUGAUUUUGUUUUCAAUGAAACUAAUUUUGGUAUACCUAUACCUUGAGUGGAUCAUAAUAAGGAGUUGUGUCUAAAUUGGCAUGAAUUUCGAACAUUUAUGGUGUUUUAAUGGAUGUUUUUUCAUUGUGAAAAUAGACCUUUAAUUUCAAGCUUGUCCAUUUUGUG